AUGUUGAGCGAGUUGGAGGCCGCCUAUCACCGUUCAGCAAAGGAGUCUGAUAAGGACAAGGAUGCGGUUUUGAAGACAAUGUUAGCCGAUGCGGCGGCUAUACUGCAGCAGUCUGCAAACUUCGUUACCCCAGGCACACCUGUUACCAUUGAGUCCCUGGCGGCGCAGCUUGAAGGCCCUUCGCCGCCUCAGAUGAUAUUGCCUCUGGGUGCUCUUGUGGAGUCGUACAUUGAGACUGGAAGUAGAGUUGAUGCAUUGAGGGCGGUGUUUGCCCAGCCUUUUCUGAAAGGGAUUCCGGAGGAUGUGAAGGCUUCCCUUGUCGAGGGCUAUGAGAAGAUCCCUCCUUUCUUCAAGGUUCUACAGGUUGAUGUUCUUAAGAAAGGUGGAAAGGGAUGGGAUCUUACCAAGGUUGAGGGUGUUUGGUCAGUCCUACUGUGGGCAGAUAUGUUUCUAUGGUCACUGGCCUCCAUUGCAAAGGGAAGAGGUAUUCCGUUCAUCAAGGAGUUUACUUGCGGUGGUGUUGGAGAUGGUGGUGUGUGCAACUUCUGGAACUCCCCGACGUGGAAGUCCUUUGAACAAUGGUCGGGCGCUAAAAAGGGGAUAGUUCCUUCUGAUUUGGAGGGAGAAGAAAGGGGACGGGUGUGCAUCUUCGAAGGCUACUCGUUGGAGCUUGAGCUUCAGGCACUUGAAAGGAAAAAGGGGACCAACUUCGGAGUUUGUGAUGGUGUUGAUCGAGCUACUGAAGUGUUUGCGGCUGCAAUGAACGCCAGGGAUAAAGAUUUCUCCCCCGAGGAGUUGGAGGGUUGGAAGGAAAAGGGGCAAGAUGAGGAGGCAGUUUCUGGAAUUCCCCAAGUGAGAUACGGCUUAGUUGGGGCCUUCAGGAUUCCUAGAGAAGUUUUGUUGAAGUCGAUUGAUGAAAAGGAUGAUCGGGUUCAUGAAGAGGGUUUAAAGGAACAACCAGAAUUAGACCCGGACCCUGAGGGCCUUGGAGAGUAUGAACCAUCUGCUUAUGACUCAGAUGAACGACCGGAUGUUGCACUGUUUGAUGAUGAAUUCGAUUUGUUCGAGGGUUCAAUUGAGGGCGCAAGAGCCUUGGCUUUAGAGGCUGAGGAUGUGGAAGAGUUGAAGGAGUACUUGAAGGGCAUUGUAGUUCCUGCUGACCAGGUUGUCUUGAGACAUUGUGUGGUCUUCAAUAAUGCUGAUGACAGCUACAGAGGAAACUUUGAGCUUUCUGUUCGUAGUUUUGAGGAGGAGUCGUUGAAGAUCUCGGUGCUGGGGGCACAGGCAGUGAGCUUUGAUCCUCGGAAUAUUCAUAGUGUGACUCAAGGGUCGACCUGGUUCCUGGCUGCCUAUACUCCACUUGGAUCAAAGAAAAUUGAUCCUGAGAAGAAGGAAUUCCUCGAGGCCCAUGGGUUCGGUUUUGGUUUCGAGGAGAUGCCAAGGGUCUUCGCUGUAGCGCCAGAGGAUCCUGAAGAACCCGGACAAGGAAGCAACGACAUAUGUGUCGGAGUUGCUGAGCCUAGUCAAGUUGGCAACUUAGCCGAUGAUGAACAACCAGACAGUGUUACGGCGUUUAUUGGUUGGGAUCCCAACCGGGGUGCUCCUGGAGAUGCUCAACCAUUGGUUCUUGAAGAGGUUGAUUUAGAGGAGUUUCUGAAAGAAAGAUGCGUUGAUUGUGAACUUGAGAGGCUUGGGAUUAUUGGCGUUCAAGAAGCUGUCGACCUUCAGUUUCUUUAUGUGGAAGAUCUUAUUGAAGAGGGAAUACCCGAGAUAAGUGCGCGUAGGAUCAUGUUUGGAAUUCACCCUGAAGGAACUGUUCGUCCAGACGAGCCAUCCAACUGCGCAUUGAGAACUGGGGAAGUACGUCUUUAUGAUAGGAUUUUGAGCAUGUUCCACCGCUGGAACCUCUUAUACAAUGGGGUGAAGGAGGACCAGUCGACCCGGACGUUUCGGUUCAACAAUUCGCCAGAAGAGGUUAUGAGGCAGCUGGCCAAGGUUCUCAGGCUCAGGAGGAGCAAGGAGUUCUUCAGGAUAAGAACUCUGGCUUGGAUCUCUAUGCCGGAGGGAUCCCCGCUGACGCCUUGCGAGCGUAACGUUUGGAAGAUCGUGACCGAGUCAGGAAAGGUGGUCGGAUUUAUGAUUAUUUAUGUUGACGAUAUUAUGCUACUGAGCAGCAAGGAGGAGGCCGAGAAGGCCUACGCGUGGAUCAGGGAAAUGCCAGAGGCAGAAGAAUAUACGCAGGACGAACUGCGUGCAGCGCAGAAGCUGACCGGGGAGCUGUUAUGGGUGGCUCAGAGGAAGGGCUAUGUUGUGGAAGGGGAAAAGGCAGAGUUUAAUCUCCCUUUCCACGGCGGUGAUUUGACUGAUAGCCUGGCCACCAAGAGACUUCGCGUAGAUAACCUUGCUGCUAUCGUCAUCGCGGAGGGCGGACCUCAUUGA